AUGUCAGAUGGAGUGAUUACAGAUGCUCAAAUUACCGCAUCUUCAGAAUGGAAUCCGGUUUCACAUUCCGUCUCUUUUGGGAGGCUUUAUAACAAAACAGGCUCUGGAGCUUGGGUGGUUAGGAUAAGUGAUUUGAGUCAGUGGAUACAGGCUGAUGUUGGUCGGCAAAGGACAAGAAUAACACGAAUAGCAACCCAAGGAAGAUAUAAUUACCCUCAGUGGGUGACCAAGUACAAUCUGCAAGUUAGUAACGAUGGGGAAAACUUUCAGUACUAUAAGGAACAAGACCAAACCACAAACAAGGUAACCAUAUAAUUCCGAGAAUAAGCCUCUCUUACAGCCCCCUCCCCCCCCACCCCCCCACACCCCAACAAAAAAGUAGCGGGGGGUAGUUGUGUGGCAGAAGAUAUAUUCUAAUGAAUUCUGAGUGGUUGAGCUCGGGACUCAACAAUGCUCUACUGUCCAAACUUUUUUUGGUUUUUCUUGAGGAAUCAGGUUUUCACCGGAAAUACAGACUCAAACACCGUGGUUUCUCACAACUUGAACCCAUCGAUCAUGACACGUUUCAUCCGUUUUCGACCACUCGCAUGGCGUAACCGCAUAUCGAUGAGGGUGGAGUUAUACGGCUGC